AUGUCCGGCCGUGGCAAUCGACGAACUGCAGAUGUCAGGAGCAAGGGUUACACAAACGUGUUCACACUCUCCAAAAAGGACUUUGAGAUGGCCAUGACCGAGUACCCAGAUGCCCAGUUUGUGCUCAAGAAAAGAGCAAAAAAACUGCUGAGAGCCAAUGCCAAGUUGGAGAGAAUGCACAAAAAAGUUACAGCUGAGGAAAUCAUCAAAACUUCACCAGAGACACCCAAACUGCUGCAAACUGUGGUCCAAGUUAUGGAUCCAGACUCCAACUUUGUCAAACAUAUCAACCCCACUGUACAGAAGUGUCACACCCAUUCUCGUAACCCCCAUUCAAGAUCACACAGUCACAGACUGAGUACGACUGCCUCCAACAUCCACCUCCAGGCCCCAUCCCGAAGCCACAGCUUUAGACUCAGCAGCCAGACAUCCCGGUUUUCCUGCAACCCCUCGCUCAACAUGAACACAAAUAUUACCACAGACAGCUUUGACACGGAUGAGGAGAAUGAUGAGCCUAUGUUUGAUGACAGCUCUGUUGACGUGUCCUUGUCUGAGGCUCUGCAUGAUGCUUUGGCAAUCAGCAGCUUUGAUGAGGAUGAUGAUGAUGAUGAUGACAAUGCAGAAGGUGACGAUGAGAUGUCCAUCUCCAUCUCUGAACAGUCGAAGAGAAAACAACGUCAGGGAAAGAAAUCUGUAAUGUGGAAUAACACAUCACCAGAGACAAAUGAUGAGUUGGAAGAUGACAAGGGUGAUGUCAACUUCAGAAACCAAAUGCAGGGGCUGACAGAGUUUGAUGUCAAGGCUGGUGGGAAAACAAAGUUAAAAGGUGGCACUGCUGGGAGAUGUAAUGGCAGAUCUGAUGAACAAUCACUGCUAGAGGAACGAAAGUCCAAUGGGUUACCUGAAACUGAUACAAGCAGGAUGACCGAUGAGACAGAAAUAAGUGGGAACAACUAUGGCAACAGCAGACGGGAAAUCAACACACUGGAUGCAAAUAGAAACUGUGAACACAACAGCGGGACCAGUAACGGACAUGGCAAAUCUGACAUCUUGUUACUUGACAAUCAACCGGACUCACAUCAACAAUCUGUUCAUUCAACAAGUCCGAGAAGAUCUCAUGAAAGAGUUGUAGCACAAAACAAAAUGGAUCACAACUAUAUAGGAAAUCCGAGCUGGCAUCGAAGUGAGAAGUCGGAUAAUGUUAUAGAUUCAAAGAAUCAGACUGAGAGUAAUAAAAUGGUUCAUACAGCUUCAAAGAAAGGAGAUGUAUUAGCUUCAAAGAAAGGAGAUGUAUUAGCUUCAAAGAAAGGAGAUGUAUUAGCUUCAAAGAAAGGAGAUGUAUUAGCUUCAAAGAAAGGAGAUGUAUUAGCUUCAAAGAAGGGAGAUGUAUUACUACCUCCUUGUUUAGUUUUAAUGGACCAGAGUGGUUCAGAGGUUGGUGGGGGAGGAGUUAUGGGGAGAGUGAGAAAGUUGUCUGUGGUUACUCCUCCUGUCUCCCCAGUAUCCCCUAGAGACAAGCAGAAUGUUCCGUGGAUGGCCGGAGGAGUCCAAGUCACGCCCAACAAAGAGAACAGCUCUGAUCUCAUCAUGAGCUGCUUCACACCUAUAGAAAAAACACCCAUAUGUCCUGUCCAGGUCAUUGAACCCAUGAAGGUGAAAAGUUCAACAGAAAUCAAUAAGCCAUUUCCCAAGAGCACAAACAACAUGACGUUAGCAAAUGGGUUGGAGGGAUGCUGCGGGAGUGGCCCGCUUAUGGACAUUCCAUCAGAGAAUCUGGUGACGUUCGCUGUUGAAGUUCAUCGGCAGAAAAAUAUCGCCACAACAACAACAGACAUUCACGGCCACACUGAGACUAU